GCAUAAACGGACGUACACCGGCAACUGGUCGUGGAAUAUGGAACGGUCUUGAGGUGUUUUUGAAUAAUGAAGAGUUUAUGUCAAAAAUUGGCUUGAAACCUGGUUACCACGGGAAAACAUUUAUUGUUCAGGGAUUCGGCAACGUUGGCUCUCAUGCGGCACGAUACAUAGUACGAGCAGGCGCCAAAUGUAUUGGAGUACAGGAACUCGACACGGCCGUCUACAAUCCAAAUGGUAUUGAUCCGGUGAAACUGAAC